CAAAUCGGUCUUUCAACUCAACCAACGGGGGUUAGUGGACGCGUGCGCAGAAAUAAUGUUAAAAAGAUAAUUUUAAAUAACGAUAGAUAGGAUUUAAAUAGUUAAAUAAUAAAAAUGAGUCCGUUACAAAUAAUUUUGCGUGUUUUGUCUCUCGUGGUGGUGUGCCCGGUGGUAAUCUUUUGUGAAGCACAUGGGAAUGUACGAGGUCGAGUCAGCAUCAGUGAAGGAGCACAUGUGCACAAGUCAGAGGUUCCUUGCGCAGUCUGCCCGCGCCAAGGGCGGUGUGUGCCCAAGGUCCAAUGUCCCGCCCACCUAAGGCCUGCCUCGCACAACCCUGCGUGCCAUCUCCAAGGGACCAAGGCGCUUGGCGUCUGCUGCUUCACUGGAAGCCAUCAUGCUGCGGAAUCCGAGCACAAAGUACGUAAGGCGUCCUCCAUCAACGAGCGCGACGUGAAGACCGCCCACCACCAGUCCAAACAGAAGCUGGCUUCUUGGCUGGCCAGGGCCGAGGGGCUGGCUCAGCAUCAUGCUGUAGUUGUCAACGAGACAUCUCCGAGCUUCGCGCACCACAUGUCAGUGAUGACGUACGACAAGCGAGCAGACAAACUGGGUCGCGGUGGGCUUCUGAACCUCUUCGCUGCGCAGGAGUUGAAGGCGCGCCAGGCGCUGUCCGAUGAUGAACUGGCGCUGGGAUUCACUGAGCAUACUGAUGGUCCAUUCUGCCCACCACCCCCCACGUGCUCCAAUCCACCCAGCCGUUACCGCAGCAUCGGGGGGGAUUGCAACAACCCUAAAAACCCAAGCUGGGGGGCCGUGCACUCAGGGUAUGAGAGGCUGCUGCCUCCAGACUACAGUGACGGAACCUGGGCCAUGCGCGCGUCUUCCACCGGCCUCCCGCUGCCCAGCCCGCGACUAGUCAGCAACGCUUUGAUCCUGGACGCUCCCCACCCGAGUCCAACACACAACUUGAUGUUCAUGCAGUUCGGACAGUUCAUUGCACAUGACACCACCUCUGGAGUCGUCUUCACUAUCGGCAACGGCAGCGCCAUCUCCUGCUGCUCCGGCGACGGCGAGCAGUUCCUCCCGCCGGAGCUUCAGCACUGGGCCUGCGCGCCCAUCGCCGCCGCUCCCGAAGACGACUUCUACGGCCAGUUCCGACACCAGUGCCUGAACAUGGUCCGAACGCAAUUGGCGCCGUCGAGCGACUGCUCCGUUGGUUAUGCUAAGCAGAUGAAUGGCGUCACCCACUUUCCCGACUUGUCGCACAUAUACGGGAGCUCUGAUGAGAGGCUGGCGAUACUCCGCGGCUCUGGAGGGCUCCUGAAGACGUUCAAUGACUAUGGUCGGGAGUUACCUCCGCUGACUGAGAGGAAGGAGUGCCUCACACUGAAGGAGGGAGCGGCUUGCUUUGAGUCUGGGGACAACCACGGCAACCAGAUCAUAUCGCUCACGGUUCUACAUACCCUCUGGACACGUGAGCACAAUAGGAUAGCUCGAGCGCUUGCCCGCCUCAACCCCAUGUGGGAUGAAGAACGCAUCUUCAUGGAAGCCAGAAGAAUCGCGCAGGCAGAGUUCCAGAACAUCAUCUAUAGCGAAUGGCUGCCUUUACUGUUAGGUCCUCAAGCAGUCCAAGCGUUUGGUCUGCUCCCGUCUCCAGGCUACUCCUCAUUGUACGACCCUCACGUGAACCCAGCGCUAUCGGCUGAAUUCGCUACUGCUGCUAUGAGGUUCGGCCAUUCCGUCGUCGAUGGGAAGAUCAUGAUUCCUAGCACCAGCACAGGAACCAUCUACGAAUCGAUCUCGAUCCCCGAGGUGAUGUUUCAGCCGGCACGCAUGCGUCUGAAGCCGUUCUUCGACCGCCUUAUAGCUGGUCUGAGCUGGCAGCCCAUGCAGUCCGUGGACCCAUUUGUUACUGAAGGAUUAACCCGUUACCUGUUCCACGGCGGCAACCCGUUCGGGCUGGACCUGGCGUCCAUCAACAUCCAACGCGGGCGCGACUACGGCGUGCGGCCCUACAACGCCUACCGAAGACUCGUGGGCUUGGAGCCUAUUGUGGACUUCAACCAGUUCACGCCCAACACUGCCCAACGUCUAGGAUCAGUCUACCAAAGCCCCGAUGACAUCGAUCUGUGGGUAGGCGGUCUUCUAGAAGAAGCCGUCGGCGGCGGAGUGGUGGGUGUCACCUUCUCGAACAUCCUGGCCGACCAGUUCUCAAAGAUCAAGAGAGGGGACAGGUACUUCUACGAAAACGGACCUGAUGUCAACCCUGGGGCUUUUAGUCCAUACCAACUGGCAGAGAUAAAGAAGGUGACUCUGGCGAGGAUCAUUUGUGAUAACCGCGACGGCAUCGAACUCCUCGCGCAACCACCGAAUGCCUUCAUCAGAGCCGAUCUUCCAGGAAACGAGCCAGUUCCGUGCGACAGUUCCGUCAUACCAGCGAUGGAUUUAAGCAGAUUUAGAGAAAUUUAGAAUUAGGAUUUACGUAUUUUUACACAGUCAGGCGCUGAAAUAUAUUGCCACCAUAAUCAUGAUGAAACUAUAAUUAUUAUAAUUUGAAUAAUGUUUUUAUGUAUUCCUUAGACACAGCGCUAAAACCCAGGCUCAGUUAGAACAAAAAUAAUUUAGAAAGACUUUGUAGUGUAACUAUUUUUAGUACCACAGGUUGGUAUGGACAAAAGUUCAGAUAUUUCUUUAGUUGGUUAUUUGAGUUUGACUUCAUCAGCAUUCCUUUCUUCUAUCUUCUUCUCACUUCUUUCUUCUGCCUUUUCUAUCUUUACGAUUAUUACAAUCAUUGCUUCUUUUGCAAAAGCGAACUUAUCGUUUUGUUUUGAUUAUGCAUGCACCUUUUGUGAUAAAAACAAUUGUUGUAAUAAAUACUAAACUAUCGUGUUGAUUUAUCUUAAUGAGUAACCUCGUUGAUUUAGUUCAAACAUAACUCUUUUGAUUAUUUAGUAGCUUUUUUUAUUUUAACAUCUUGUUUUCUAAAACUCCUUGGAGCCCGACCAAUGAGUUUUGCUAUCCAACACUAAACAUCAAUAGGGUUAUGUAUUUGACUGAUUUUACCAGAUUUUAAUUAAUUUGCUGAUUCUAAUUUCACUUCCUUUUCAAUGUCGAUGAAGUCAAAUUUAAUUAGGUUUGUACAGGUACCAGAUUCAAUGAUUUUUUCGCCAUAAAAAGUCCAGGAAUCAGGGGUUUUAUGUAGGUUACUGUGGUACUAAAAUAUUGGUUAAUUAAAAAGUUUUCUUUAUUAAUAAAAGUAUGUAAUUUAGUGGGUAAAAACAAAAAAGGCUUAUUUUGUCACAGAUUAAAACACUGGUAUUGAAUUGAAUAAUAUGGUUGGUGAACAUUUGGUGAUUUGUUAAAGUUUAUUAUUUUAUUAUAUUUUUAAUGGCGUCACGGUUUUUGUGGUAUUUAAAGCAGGCUUUAAAUCUCAACCCCACCGAAAAUGGUCUCAAUUUUUAUGCAUGAUAUCUCUAGGUAUAAGUUUUUAAAAGAAUUUAAAAUGUAAAGAAGAAUUUUAUCGAUUUGAUAUCUGAUUAUGUAUAAAAUAUAAAUAUGUAAAAUAGCUGCAAGAUCAGAUGUAAAAUACUAAAUGAUUUUUCAACAUGAUUGUGUAUGCAUUUUGUACAAAGUAGUAAUGAUUUAUGUAAUUAAUUGGGAUACAAUAGUUUUAUCCUAAAUCCGUAUAAUGAUUUUUGUACAAGGAGCUCCUUACCUAAUUAAUUGAUUGAAUAAUGGCGUAAUAAAUU